AAGAGGAGAGCACAAACUUAAUUGUAACCACUAGUCUUUUCUCACCAACUCGGUCAAUCACUUUGAGAAAAAGAAGCUCUCCGAGUCAAUUGCACCUUUCCCUCUCUCCACAACCGAGCAUUUAUAUAUAUAUUCUCUCUUCCAACUACACCUUUCGUUAGUUACUACCUAAUUCUUUCUUUCUUUCUUCUCUCUUUUCUCUCCCUAUUCUCUCUCAAAUCAACAAACCAAAACCAUGGGUAGAUCCCCUUGCUGUGAAAAACAACACACCAACAAAGGUGCUUGGUCUAAAGAAGAAGACGACCGUCUCAUCAAAUACAUCAAAGAUAACGGCGAAGGUUGUUGGCGUUCUCUUCCCAAAGCUGCUGGCUUGGCUCGUUGUGGCAAAAGUUGCAGACUCAGAUGGAUAAAUUAUCUCAGACCUGAUCUCAAGAGAGGAAACUUCACUCCUGAUGAAGAUGAACUUAUCAUUAACCUACACACUUCUGUUGGUAACAAGUGGUCUCUAAUUGCUCAGAAAUUGCCGGGAAGAACUGACAAUGAAAUCAAGAAUUACUGGAACACACAUAUCAAGCGCAAACUCCAGAGCUGUGGAAUCGAUCCUUCAACUCAUCGUCCAUUUAAGCGUAUGACUGACACCGUUGCUGGCGCCAGUACUUCCUCAACAACCACUGCCUCCCCAGCUGCUACUGCUACUCCGUUGCCUUCGGUCCCCGCAGGCAACGAGAAUAGUAGUAGUAGCAGCAUAAGCCGCAACAAAAUCAAGAGCGAGUUUCCGUUAUUCAGUACUACUACCAGUCCCUCUUUAAAACAAAAGUUUGUUGUAACUGAUUCUGGUAAUGGUGGUGGUGUUGAAGAUUCAGUUUCAAAUACUAGCAGUGGAGUUACCAUUGAAGAAAUAGCUUAUCCACCUCCUCCUCCCCAAAUCAACUUGGAACUUUCAUUGGCUCCACCUUCUUCUUCUCAACAGCUACAAAAUGGGUGUAUUUGUCGUCAAACUUUAGGGUUACAAAAUAGUGGUAACCAUCCUUGUAGAUGCAACAAUACUAUCCCUAUUGUUGGAGUUUCUAAUGUUGCUUCAUCAUCUGCUGCUACCGCCGGCGCCGGUUAUUGUUAUUUUAAAUAUUUCGGAGCCGGGAUUCUCAAAUUUUGAUUGGAAAUUUGAGAACUGUAGAAGUAAUUUAGACUAAAUCUUAUCUUUUGGAGUUAAAUUAAUUAUAGAAUUUUACAGUUGAGUUGGUGUUAAUGUUGUGACUAAUACUAUGUUACCAACGUUAACGACACAAGACAAUAUUAGUUGUAGAAUGGAAUUUCGAAAUUUUUCGGAUAA